UUAACUGAAACAACUCCACAGAAAAACUAUUUGGAGACUGAUCAGUUUAGCCUUUUUUGGUGAUAGAAGUUGUGUAGAUCAUCUAUGUAACUGGUUCAUCAUUCAUGUGGGGCCUUUAGUGAGUUAAUUACCCAUAAAACAUAGAACUGAAUAGACUCAAUUGUGACAAAAUUGUUAUUUAGAACUUCCUUUCCAUUGGUUCAGUGAGAGGGGAAGGAUCAAGGAACAUGUCUUGGUUGGGUAUGAAGAAAAGAUAACUCUGCUUUCACAUAACAUAGGAAAAAUGCAUUCUUAAUUUUAUCCUGUUCCAACUGCCUCCAUGUAAUCACCAAAGGCCGUGCGCAUGUCGAUUGACUAUGCCAUUUCUUUCAACACGCACAUUACUUGAUAUGUUUGUUAGUUAUCGAUACUCAAGUAUAUUCUUGUCUUAGUACCUUUUUUGUGGUAUAUCCAGCAAAAAAUAUUGUCUCCAUGGGACUUGUGUAAUGGUUUCCUUUGAAAGUCCAAAACCUUUCCUAUGUGCUUUCUUGGCAUUUGGACUCAUAUUCGAGAUUCCAGUCAAUUUUAUCAUUCUAAAAGACCAGCAAUUACCUGGGCCAAUACAUAAGGAUAGAAAGAUAUUUAAGCAGGCAAGCAAUCUAGUCACUGCCAGCACAUUGAACGGUAAAAGACACACAUGAGAGCCUUUUUUAUAGACCUGUAAUACAAGCGUAAGACUCAGAGAAGUGAAUCAUUUGAGAAAUGUCCGUACCCAAAAAUCCUGGUUUGUUGGAAGAGGGAGAGGAAGAGGAGAGCUAUGGGACGUCAGAGUCGAUGGACCCCGAACUGUACAGAGCAACUACAAAAGGUGAUAUUCUUGAAUUCAUAAAAGCGAUGGAACAUGGCACGCUAGAAAGGCAAUAUCACUCAUCGGCUGGCUGUGUCCAACUAGGUCCCCAGAAAAACACAGUUCUGCAUAUUGCAACAAGCUGUGGACACUAUGAGAUCGUUAAGCUUCUUUGCAAUGACUUGCCAUUCUAUGUUGCCGAAAAAAACUCUAAAGGCGACACUCCACUGCACAUCGCAGCAAGAGCAGGUGACUCAUUGCUUGUCACUCUACUAAUCAAUUGUGAUUUGAGAGAAGGUGCUUUGGAAUUGGAAAAUGAAGAGCGUAAUACUGCAUUGCAUGAGGCGUUAGGUCAUCGUCAUCGGAAGGUGGCUCGAAUUCUUAUUGAUAGGAACCGAAGCGCAUGGUAUUCGGUUAAUAAGGAAGGGAAGUCUGUGCUGUAUCUGGCAGCAGAAGCGGGUUUUGUUGGUCUUGUUAAGCUGCUUAUGGAGAAUCCUGCUGGUAUAUGCAGAGUCGAAGGGCGAAUCAGGAAUAAGUCACCAGUUCAUGCUGCUAUCCUCGGGAAGCACAUAGAUGUCCUAAAGAUGUUGUGGGAAAAGGACCAGUCCUCCUUCAAUUUGAGAUGUGAUGAGGAGGGGAGAAAUGCACUUCACUUUUCUGCAUCAUUAGGUUUUCUUGAAGGGGUCAAGUUCUUGCUAAGCAAUUUUUGCGCUGCCGCUUACCAAAGGGACAUAUAUGGUCUCUUUCCUAUUCACACAGCGUCGAGUGAAGGCCAUGUCGACAUAAUCCAAGGGAUGCUCCAGCACUGCCCUGAUUCAAGGGAACUGCUCACUUUACAAGGUCAGAAUAUCUUUCAUGUCACAGCCAAGAGUGGAAAUGACAAAGCAGUUAGUUCUAUGCUCAAAAUGCCAGAGCUGGAGAAACUCUUAAAUGAGAAGGACAAUGAAGGAAACACGCCUUUACAUGUUGCCACCAUUUGUGGGCAUCCGAGGAUUGUUAGAGCUCUAACAUGGGAUGAGAGGGUCGACUUAGAGCUCGUAAACAACAACGGGUUAACAGCGCUGGACAUUGCUGAGGAAUUUAUGGAAACAAGGGCAUCAUUUCGGAAGCGACUGACAUGGAUGGCCUUGAGAGUUGCUGGUGCUCCACAAUCUCCACACACAAAUAUUUCCAGACAAACCUCAAGUGCUGGGCAAAAUCCCGAAUUAGAGAACUACAAGGACAAGGCCAAUGUAGUUCUACUGGUGGCAACACUAGUCGCGACUGUAACUUUCACUGCUGGUUUCACUGUCCCUGGUGGCUACAACAAUUCUGACCCUGACCAAGGCAUCGCAACCAUGCUAGCCAAAGUGAAGUUUCAGGAAUUCAUGAUUUGCGACACCAUAGCUAUGUACAGCUCCAUCAUAGUCACCGUCACUCUCAUAUGCGCACAGCUUGGCGAUCUUAGUUCGAUGCAUGUUGCCUUGAAAUUAGCAGUGCCACUUCUGGCUAUUGCGGUAGCCAUGAUGUCCAUAGCUUUCAUGGCGGGUCUUUACGUCGUGGUGAACACAGUCAGUUGGCUUGGCAAUGUUAUUCUGGUUAUGGGCUCCAACGUUGUCAUCGUGCUAGCAGCCCUCUUCGUGCCCCUCUGCUUCUUGGGUUCAUCCAACUACCACAUCUUUCGCCGACUCUCAUACUUUCCGUUUCGCCUCCUACUAUACGCCUUUGGAAGCUAUACCGAACGUGAUGAAAUUGAAGAUUAACGAAAUCCGUUCCCUUAUCUUUUGCGUCCUUUUGUUUCAAAUAUUUUCCCCACUACACGAUUAGUGUCGAAAAGCUAAUCGUGUGGUGGAGAAGGAAUUUGGGAUAGAAGGACGGGGGAGAUUUGGACGUUCAUUUAUGUACAACAUAGCCUGUCAUUCUUCUGUGUAAUCUAUUGUGGAAUGAGUGUAUUGGGACCAAUGAAGUGUUGGUCUGGUGGCUUGUGGUUGUAUUGGAGUAGUUACUACUUCUUUCAUCCCAUUUUUUAGAGUUCAGUAUUUUA